CUCAGAUCUCUCCUUGGGACUCACUCGCUCCUGAGACAUCACCAGUGGGAAAGGGCCGAAGGAGGAAGUGCAAGAGUGAGAGUAAGCGAAAGCAGAAGGGCUGGAAGCGCAGGAGGCUGCCGCUGGUUCUCCUUGACACGCUGCGCCCGGAGCCGUGCGAAGACAAAAUGCACCUGCUGCUGCUGUUCUGCCUCUUCCUCCAGCUUUCAGGCUCAUCUGCCAUCUCGGGUCCCAGAGCAGUGAGAGGUGUGGAGCAGGCAUCACUGACCGUGCGGUGUCGAUACGACCCUGCGUAUGAGUCCUACCUGAAGUGGUGGUGCCGGGGGGCCGACUGGGGCAGCUGUCGGAUCAUGGUUAAAACCACUGGAUCAGAGAAGGAGGUGAAGAAGGGCCGCGUGUCCAUCAAGGACGACCGGAAAGACCGCUCGUUCACCGUGACCAUGGAGAAGCUCAGGCUAGAUGAUUCAGAUACUUACUGGUGUGGGAUUGAGAGAGUCGGAACUGACCUGGGGAACCAAGUAGAAGUGACCAUUGACCCAGCACCAACUACAGUGCCGACCACCACGACCACCACGCCCACCACGCCCAUCACCUCCACUGUCACCACAAAAGAUAUUGUUCGCUCCUCAGCUGAGACCAGCCACACCUCCAACAACAGCGAUGACGGCCUGGGUCUCAGUGUCCUCCUUCCUCUCAUCUUUGCGGUGUUGCUGCUUCUCUUCAUGGUGGCCUCACUUGUGGCUUGGAGAAUGGCGAAGAGACCGAAGAAAGGUGAGGGGACUGGGCUGAUGCUGGGCUGGGCUGGGUAGCAGUGCGUGGGGUUGACAGCCUGCGUGGUCAUUCCGGAGCCUUCGGACCCACGGAUCGCCUGCAGACUCCGGAAGGGUCGCUGUCCCGAAGGCCACAGCAGCUGGCGGUUUGAGGAGCUGGAGCUUGGAGGUGAGACCAGGAGCUUUCAGUGUCAGGUCUGCCUUGAACAUCCCUCUUUGUUCUUCUUGCCUCUUUGCUCUGCCUCCCUGUCUAUUUCCUGAUUUGGCUCUUUGUGGCAGAGGUGAUGAUGAUCUUAGGCAGGCAGCCCUUCUGGGGUACCCAGACCCUUUAGAGUCUUGACCACCACUUCCUGUGGUUGUCACGGAGGGACUGAAUUGACAUGAGGGCAAGGGGAAAAACCCACAGGAAAGUAUGCACACAUGAGGGAAUGUACACACACAUGUGCACGAACACAUGGACGUGUAUGCACGCACAAACACAGCCCGCACAUGAAUGCACACAUGUGCUUGGACACACACAUACCCAGUCCUCUGGGUUUUCUCAGAAAGGUUUGUGGCCACUCCUGUUUUUAUUUAUUUAUCUAUUUUUGGCUGUGCUGGGUCUUCGUUGC